AGAUGACUUAAAAUAAUCUGAACAUUUGUUUCUAGAAAGUCUUUUUUUGUGAGUGUUUCUUUGUAUUUGAGUAACAUUUUGUGACGAUGGGAAACAGAACAAAUCUGUAAGAAGGAAUAAUUUUUCUCAGCAAUAUGUGUGUAUUAAAUCCAACUAUAACAGACGUUACAGACAUGUAGGAAUAAUAAAUGAUUAACCUUUUUAUCAUCUUUUAUAUUACUCUUACUUGCAGUAGAGCUGCUGGGCGUUUAAACAAAUGUCCUCCCUUUGUCAAUAUUUAAUCUUUUACAACCUGCUUCAUGACUAGAUUUUAUGUAUUAAAACCAUAUUUAUUACAUGCUGAUCUAUUUUUGACCUGAACUAAGAUUAUAGAAGAGGAAAAAGCUCCAGCAUAGCUUUCUCCUUUCUGAAGGCUGUGCUGCUUUCGUUGGGCGACAAAAACAAAGCAAAAAUCAGCUGAGAUUGUAAAGAAGGUUUAGGAUAAACAGGCAGAAACUGAAAGGAACUACUUUGGUUUAAUUAUAGGGCGAUUCUUAAUCAGUAGCUCUGGAGAGCUGAAGACGCAGCAGGAGGGCAGGCUGUGAGAAUCCAACAAAAUGUUUGGAGGAAGGUGGAGACUAGAGCGCACCUUGUGUCAGUACGUCACUGACACUCUGACUUACAUGGCAACAGUGAAAGAUUUUUAUGAGAUAUUCUCAGAAUGGAAAGAUUGCAGGGAAAUAGAAUAUGUGAAAACGAUGAGUAUCAAAGAAAUGGCUGAUAAAAUUGAUCCCACUUUUGCCAAGUCAGAGGGCAAAUGGGCGUCUUUUUGUAAAUACGUCAAGAGCGUUUUCCAGCGCAAGGCGGAGAGUAAACUUUUAGAUCUGGAAAAGACGCUGGCUGAAGUGCUGAAUGGCACGCUGGAAGGUCUGGAGAAACUCGACAGUUUCUUGGAUGCGUUGGAGAAGCUGGCGGUCACGUCGCUCCAGGUGUUCACUGAGAACCAGAUUAUUUACCUGCCUGAAAAGAUCAGCUUUGAUGAUGUUCAAGCUGUGAUCAGCACUGCACAACAAAUCUGUCCUCUCAUCCUGGAGUUCAAAAGAGAUGCAAAGUCCUUCUUCCUCCCUGACCGUCACAAUGUGGAGGUUCUGGCAUUCCAGCUGCAGGAUUACAUAGACACAGCCAACAGGAUAUGUGUAAUUCACGGCCAGAGCUUUGACUUUGAUAUUUGCAUGGAAAUGACUAAAGAAACUGAAGUGAAUACUGACAACCUGUGUGAAAACGACGUGCAACAGAUGACAGAUCAGAUUAAGUUACUUGACACAAUCAGGAUGGACCAGGACUUUCGGAUGGAGUUCCUGUUCCAGAAAGUUUCCUCAGCUGGUUUCAUCAGCAUCUUUAAUGAGCAACAACCCAAACUGCUAACGUUUCUAGAUGAGGUGGAGCAGUGUGCCGUUGAGUUAGACAGGAUGAACAAAGGAGCAAAGAUCUCCAGUGUGGCUGGCAGCUCAGUGGGAGCAGCUGGAGGCGUCCUCUCCAUUGUUGGUUUCGCGUUAUUCCCAGUUACAGCCGGAGUGUCUAUAGGGCUGACCAUCGCCGGUGUGUCGAUGGGGGUAACAAGUGGAGCCAACAGCUUGGUAACCACCUUAACAGAGGCUGGAGUUAAUUCUACUCAACAGAAAAAAGCAAAUGAAGUCUUUGAAAAUUUCAUUGAGUAUUUCCAAACAGUCCAGGAUUCUCUUGAUGAGGUGAUGAAUCAACGAGGCAAUCUGGAGCGAAGUAACAUAGACGUGUUGUUCGGAGUGGUCAAGGGUGUUCAGAAAGUCUGUACUAUAGGAAAGGGUAUUGAUUUCAUUGUUAAUCGUGCUUCUGCUUUGAAGACUUUAAAAACUCAGGAUAUUGCUGCAGGUGCAGGUAAAGCUGUACUACAGGAUACAAAAGCUUUACGUAAUGUACCCAGGGUGGCAGCAGACGUUCCUGAUAUCGGUCAGGCAGCAGUUAAAGGGCCUCUGGCUCUCACCAAGGGAGCCAGAGCAGGCUUCAUUGCACUUAAUGCCCUCUUCAUUGGCAUGGAUUUAUUCUUUAUCGCCAAAGACAGCAUGACUCUGGCCAAAGGCAGCGAGACUAAAGUCUCAAAGUUCCUCAGAGCCAGAGCUGCAUUGUUCCGCUCGCAGAUAGAGUCAUGGGAGAAUCUCUGCAACUCUUUGUGUCGCAGCAAACUGACCAAAGAAGAAAACAAAAAUAUCCUACAGGCGGCAUUUUUUCAAGAGGACAAAUAAGAAGUAGAUCUGAAGGGUUAAAGAGAAUAAAAGUAUGUAUGACAUUAAAAACUGGUACAUAGUUAUACUGAGACACACCAAAUUAUAAUAAUUUCACUUUUUACCAACUGAAAUGAACGAGACACAUAAAACUAAUCGGUUCUGAUCAGUUUGUUUUCUGUAACAGGUCAUAUUAACUUCUGAGUUUUAAAUCGACAUUUUGAGCUUUACAUCAUGUUAUUAAUGUAAAUAAUGUUAUUCCCUCAUAAAAAAAACAUACCUGGAGUGUCGCUUUGACUCUUUAAUGCAUGUUUCAGAAAUACUUUAAUCUCCAUGGCAACCAGUCAGCUGUGAAAAACGCCUGUUCUCACAAACCACAUCUCCAGUUGAGCUUCCUCCACUCAGCUCCUCCAGACUAGCGGCAGCAACAAUUAGCAAACACCUGGAGAAACUGAGAUUCUUCUGAGCUAAUCAUGCGAAUGCUCCAAAGAGCGCCGGUAAACGGCAUAAUGGAGGAGCCAUGCUGUGAUGCCAUGCUGAAGUGUUGGAAAGAGCAGGAGCUUCUUAAAGAAACAGCGACACAAUUUCAAGGUGUUAAAAUGCAAAGUUAAAUUUC